AUGGGGUCAAAUACCAAAAGAAAAGAAACACAUGUUAUCCUCCCGACUGUCGGUGGCCGCAAGAGGCGAUUUUAUACCUUGUUCACAAGCUUUUCAAUCUUGCUUUUCUAUGGCCGGCGGCUCCGAUUAGCGCCGGUCACGGACCCCUGUUGGUUGAUGGGUCGUGUUGGUGGACUUCGGCUCGUCGCCACUACGUGUUAA